AUGGGGGUGCUGGACCUGGCUAGCCUGGCCAAACGAGUAGAAUCGAUGGGCCGUGGCCAGCUGAGAGCUGGGCCGCAAGCUGAGGUUACGCUCCGCAUUUGGCUGGGCGAUCUGGCCAUGGCCAAGCAGCUACUCGAGGACGACGGCGCCAGUCACGCCGAAGCGCUGGGUGCCGCGCUGACGCAGCUGCUGGCGGAGCUCCCGGGCGCCGCCGAACGCUCUGUGGCCUUCGUCCCCCGCAGACUGCCACAGGCUGUGGCGGAGCAGAAGGGCAAGCUGCUGUGCGGCACUUUGGAGCUUCGCUCGAAAGCGCAAUUGAGCUAUGUUCUGCUGUUGAAGGACCCACGAAGCCCCUUGGUGCUGCGCUUCGGAGGCAACGCGGAAGUGGCGGCCUUGACCGCCCAGUCUGAGUUGAAAGCUCUCGUGUCUGGCGGCCUGGCAGAGAUGUGCUUGCUGGACUAUCGCGGCUUCGGCUGGUCCUCCGGCAGCGCCUCCGUGGCACACCUGCGGCAAGACGCCGAGGAGGCCUUGGAGGCCUUGCCAGAGGCCUUGGCCAGACAUGAACGGUCUCUGGAGGGCCGAGGCUUGGUCCUCUUCGGCCGCUCCAUUGGGUCCUUGUGCGCGCUGCAUUUGGCCUUCUUGGGCUUGGGCCAGGCCUUGAUCUUGGACUCACCGGUGACCUGCCAGUGGCCUCUGGAGGCGGUGCCCAGCUGGCCACGCUUGGCCGAAGCGAUGGACAGCACACUGCGGCCUUGUGAGCGUCCCCGCGUAUGCAUGUGCUGCAGCACGAAAUCCGCCAAGAAGCUCCAAACGAGCCGGGAGAAAUGCUAUUUGGAGACCGAGGACCUGUUGAGGGCCAUCGAUCUGCCGUUGCUCUACAUCAACGGCACGGCUGAUGUGGUAUGUCCACACACGCAAGCGGUGCCCUGCUUCGAGGCAUCUACCUCUCCUGAGAAGCGUCUGCUGCUGUUGCAAGGGAAGGGCCACAACGAGGUCACAGAUGCCGCGGAAUAUUGGCAAGCCUUGCAGGACAGAUGGAGAUUCCUCCAUCCACCGGAACGGAGACAGGGCGCAGAUGAGAAGAUGAGAUAA